AUGUCUGCAUCAAUGGAACUACUUUAAGGAGAGUAACUUAAGCACUUUUUUGAUAAUCAUUUGAUAUUACACAAGAACCAUGAUUUUGAAUAACAAAUAUUUUGGAAAUUUGAGUAAAGCGAAAACUAUUAAAUUCUAAUAAUGUAUGUUGAAGGUCUUAUAUAUAAGAUUCAUUUCAGACAAUAAUAGCUGCAUGAAGAGGAUGGAAAGUUGAAAGAGAUUUCGAAGUAGUAAGAAAUGAAAUAAGAAGAUAGCUAGCCAUAUUCACCAAUUGAAUGA